AUGAAAAUCGUCUCAAUCUCGUUGAUUGCGUCUGCCGUUUUGCUCCUAAGGGCUUUCGCGCAGUCAAAUUCAUCCAAUGUAUCCAAUUCAUCUAGCUCAACAAGCCCAACAGACCCUCUCCUCAUGCCAUUCGACUACUGUUCUCCAGCGGAUAGAGACACCACCGGGUUCAACUCAUCCGCCUCCAUUUCCUAUCCAGGGUAUGUGGUCAACGAGAAAUAUCCCGUAUGGACAUGGACCAGAUACAUCGCCGAGAGAUACUAUCAAACAUUAAACACUAGUUCUGUUUGGGAGGCAGUUGAGGUGAAAACAACGCCAUCUUUGAACCUUACAAAUACAACUACCCUUCCAUAUACCGGUUGCUACAUACCACUCCACGGUAUUAUUGACGAAAAGAAACACGCCUUGGACGAUGGCACCUGUAGAAAUGUGCUAGAACAAGAGUGUUUUGAAGAGCUCAUGGGGAGAUUAGAUACCACAAAACUGAAUAUCCAGGCGUCGUAUAUAAGCAAUAGCUCCUCCCAAUUCAACUGCGACAACGUCAAGAGAGGUCUUGUCAAGACAGGAAAAGAAGACUGUCGCCACCUCUGGACUGUUCUUCUGUCCACAAACCCGCUUCCGGUCAGCACUCCCACAGUCAACUCGACGACAGAUGCGCAAAGCUGCGAUGAUAUCGGAAACAGGGAUCAUAUCUCUCGCACGCAGUACUUUUUACGCUGGGGCAAUAUGUCAGGACGAAACUUCAAAGUUUACGAUCAAGCAUUAAGGAACCCAUUUCCACUUAUCAUUGUGACUUGGCCCAAGCAAGAUUACAGUCAGACCCCCGAAUGGAAUGUGGCGAACAAUGUCAUUGAUACAAAGGUCAUAUGUAUUCCAGCCAAUGUCACAACACCUGGCAGUCGGAAUAUCACCGAAGCUUUGAAAAGCGCUGGUACUACAAGGGCAUCGGGCUUGAGUGGAGCAAUGUUUGGGGUUAUGAUUUUGAGUCUUCUUUGGGAAUUGAUGGUUUGA